GCUGCUUGCCUAUCUAAUCCGCAGACCGAAGCGGGAGGGGAAGCCGUUAAGCCAUGGCGCUGUCCCUCUCCCUCGCGCGCCUCUCGCUCCCGCGCUCCGCGCCCCUCGCCGCUGCCCCCGCCCCCGCCGCGGGCGCCAAGAACCACCCCGCUUCCAGCAGCCUCGCUUUCCCAGUCAAGUCCUUCUUCGGCGCGCCGCUGGCGGCCACCGCGGUCUCCAUCGCGUCGCCGCUCGCGCGCAAGCCGGCCACCUCCGGCUCCACCUCGCUCGAGGUCGUCGCGGCGGGGAAGAAGGGGUACAAGAUGAAGACGCACAAGGCCUCGGCGAAGCGGUUCCGGGUGACGGGGAGGGGCAAGAUCGUGCGGCGCUGCGCUGGGAAGCAGCAUCUGCUCGGGAAGAAGAACACCAAGCGCAGGAAGAGGCUCUCCAAGAUGGUUCAAGUUAACAAGAGUGACUACGACAACGUGACGGGUGCACUGCCCUACCUCAAAGUAAACAGGAAAGCAGACUGAGAUCUCUCUUGGUCUUCAAAGAUCAUUCUUAGUUCACCAAUUUGUAAUUUUGUGUAUCUUCCACUGUAUUUUCCUUUGGAAUACCAAGGCCCUAAUUCAUUUCAAGCAAGUAUAAACUACUCUUCUUACGAACA